AUGCGAGGGAGGUUUCCCCACCCCCGGGAGCUGCUCCUGGCGGCGAUUCCCGUGCGGAUGCUGCGCUCUAGUGGUUCGUGGAACCCGAGUUCCGUGUCCAGUUCCCAGAGCAAGCCCUGCCAACCCCCCCCCACCAAGAUGUCGUGCUACCAGUGCCUCCCUGCAGCCCACCAGGCCCCCGUGCCCACCCCGUACCCCGGCAGACCCCGGGCAGCGCCCGCCUGGCGCUCGACGCCGUGCCUGGCCCAGAGUCACCAGGGGGUGACCCAGUGUGUGCCCCAGCACCGGGGGGUGACCCAGUGUGUGCCCCAGCACCAGGGGGUGACCCAGUGUGUGCCCCAGCACCAGGGGGUGACCCAGUGUGUGCCCCAGCACCGGGGGGUGACCCAGUGUGUGCCCCAGCACCAGGGGGUGACCCAGUGUGUGCCCCAGCAGCAGCGGGUGCCCGCCCGGUGCCCGCCCAUCGCCGUGUCCCCUCAGCAGAGCGUGGUCCAGGCGGUGCCACCAUCCCAGCGUGUCCUGCAGCAGCCUCGGUGUGUGACCACGUGCGUGCCCACGGGCGUGGCGGGCGUGUGCCAGCCCCAGGGUGUGACCCGGUGCGUGCCCCAGCAGCGGCAGCAGCAGCGCCCGCCCGUCCCCCCGCAGCAGAGGUGCGUGACCACGUGUGUCCCUCGGCCACCCCGCGUCACCAAGGGAGUCCCCCAGCACCAGGGUGCCACCAGGUGUGUCCCCCAGCAGUGUGCGAGCGCCCUGUGCCCCCGGCAGGGCGUGCCCAGGUGUGUCACCACCUGUGUCCCCCAGCAGCGAGCGGCCAAGGGGGGCUCCUACGGGUACCUGACCUGCCAGGGACCCCGGCGGGGUGUCACCUCCUGUGUCCCCCAGCAGUGGCCCUCCAGGUGUGUGACCAAGUGUGUCCCCCAGCCGAGUGCCACCGACUGUGCCUCCAUUUGUGUCCCCCAGCAGCAGGGUGAGACAGUUUGUGUCCCUCAGCAGCAAAGUGCCACCCAGUGUGUCCCUUACCAGAGUGUGACCAAAUGUGCCCCUCAGCAAAGUGCCACCAAAUGUGUCCCUCAGCAAAGUGCCACCCAGUGUGUCCCUUACCAGAGUGUGACCAAAUGUAUCCCUCAGCAAAGUGCCACCAAGUGUGUCCCUCAGCAGCAAAGAUGUGCCACCAAGUGUGUCCCUCAGCAAAGUGCCACCAAGUGUGUCUGUUAUCAGAGCAUGACCAAGUGUGUCCCUCAGCAGCAAAGUGCCACCAAGUGUGUCCCACAGCAGUCUGGGACAACUUAUGCCCCUUAUCAGAGUGUGACCAAGUGUGUCCCUCAGCAGCAAAGUGCCACCAAGUGUGUCUGUUAUCAGAGUGCCACCAAGUGUGUCCCUCAGCAGUCUGGGACAAUUUAUGUCCCUUACCAGAGUGUGACCAAGUGUGCCCCUCAGCAAAGUGCCACCAAGUGUGUCUGUUAUCAGAGUGCCACCAAGUGUGUCCCUCAGCAAAGUGCCACCAGCUGUGUCCCUCAGCAGAGUGUGACCAAGUGUGUCCCUCAGCAAAGUGCCACCCAGAGUGUCCCUCAGCAGGAUUGUCAGUCAGGUGGGGUGAAAAUUUCCAGUCACUUCAAAAAAUACAUCUCAGCCCCCAAAUGGCCCUGGUGA